GCUUCUGGGCCGAUCGAACGCCGGUUCAUGAAGCAGCCAGGCGGGGAGAAAUCCUGCAGCUGCAGCAGCUGAUAGAGAGCGGCGCAUGCGUCAACGCGGUCACCUACGACUCUAUCACCCCGUUGCACGAGGCGAGCCUGCGAGGACAAACGCAGUGUGUCAAGCUCCUGCUGGCUGCGGGGGCCCAGGUGGAUGCCAGGAAUAUCGAUGGCAGCACCCCCCUCUGCGACGCCUGUGCCUCAGGUAGCAUCGAGUGUGUGAAAGUGCUGCUGUCCCACGGCGCGAAGGUGAACCCUCCCCUCUACACAGCGUCUCCUCUCCACGAAGCUUGCAUGAAUGGUAGCUCAGAGUGCGUGCAGCUCCUCAUCGACGUCGGCGCGAACUUGGAGGCUCACGACUGUCAUUUCGGGACUCCCCUACACGUGGCCUGUGCCAGGGAGCACCUGGACUGCGUGAAAUUGCUGCUCAAGGCAGGAGCAAACGUGAAUGCUGCUAAACUUCACGAGACAGCCCUCCACCACGCCGCGAAAGUGAAAAACGUAGAUCUGGUGGAGAUGCUGAUUGAGUUUGGCGGAAACAUUUACGCAAGGGACAACCGAGGAAAGAAGCCGUCGGAUUACACCUGGAGCAGCAGCCCCACAGCAAAGUGCUUCGAAUACUACGAAAAAACGCCUCUGAGCUUGUCACAGCUCUGCAGGGUUACGGUGAGGAAAGCCGCCGGGCAGCGAGCGCUGGAGAAGAUUGCCAAGCUCAAUAUUCCUCCCCGAUUAAUCCGGUACCUGUCCUACAACUGAAGGGGAUGAAGGCGGCCGGGAAGGACGAUACCUUUAGCUCCCGCA